AUGGACUUUCUUCAGCGCCUUGCGCGGUUUCUCGACCGCCCCCUCUUCCCCUGGAAGAAGCUCAUUCUCGGCUUCUCCGUGGGCCAGUACCUCUUCGAGUCCUUCCUCACUCUUCGCCAGUACCGCAUCCUCCAAAAGACGCAGCCUCCCGCCGUCCUCGCCAAGGAAAUCUCCCAGCACACGUUCGACAAGUCCCAGGCCUACGGUCGCGCCAAGGCCCGGUUCGAGAUCGUCUCCGGCCUCUACGCGCAGAUCCAAAACGUCGCCUUCAUCCACUACGAUGUCCUGCCCAAGCUCUGGUCCUGGACGGGCAGCUUGCUGCUCAAGUGGGCGCCCCGGCGCUUCGGCGGCGAGAUUUCCCACUCCAUCGUCUUCGUCCUGACCUUCGUCGUCCUCCAGCAGCUCCUGUCCCUGCCCACCCGCAUCUACAACACCUUUGUCCUGGAGGAGCAGUUUGGCUUCAACAAGCAGACGCCCAGGCUGUUCGUCGCCGACAUGGUCAAGACGAACCUCCUCACCGUUGCCCUCAUGCCCCCCAUCCUGGCCGCCUUCCUCAAGAUCAUCCAAAAGACCGGCAGCCAGUUUGUGUUUUACCUGUGGGUCUUUGCCGCCGCCCUCCAGCUGUUCACUACCACGGCGUACCCCGUCUUCAUCCAGCCUCUGUUCAACAAGCUGUCUCCGCUGCAGGAAGGCGAGCUCAAGACAAAGGUCGAGCGGCUCGCUGCCGGCCACAAGUUCCCCCUUCAGGAGCUGUUUGUCAUUGACGGAUCCAAGCGGAGCGCCCACUCCAACGCCUACUUUUACGGCCUGCCUUGGAAGAAGCACAUUGUCAUCUACGACACCCUGAUUGAGAAGACCCAGACGGAUGAGAUUAUCGCCAUCCUCGCGCAUGAGCUAGGGCACUGGAAACUGGGGCAUACCACGCGUCUGUUCGGCAUUGCUCAGGCUCACCUGCUUUACGUCUUCUCCCUCUUCUCCGUCUUCAUCAACAACGCAUCGCUCUACAAUGCCUUUGGCUUCCACACCCAGUACCCAAUCAUCAUUGGCUUCAUUCUCUUCUCCGAUGCUCUCUCCCCCAUGGACACCGUCAUCAAGCUGCUGCUCAACAUCCUCUCCCGCAAGUUCGAGUUUGAAGCCGAUGAUUUCGCCAAGGGGCUCGGCUUCCGCACCGAGCUGGCCAGCUCGCUCAUCAAGCUGCACGCCCAGAAUCUGAGCACCAUGGAUGCUGACUGGGUGUAUGCGAGCUAUCACUUCUCGCACCCUCAUCUGUCGGAGCGUCUCAAGGCCUUGGACUGGAAGCCCAAGGAAGCGCUCACCAGCGACAAGGACAAGGACGAGCAAGGUUCUGCCAAGGCCACUGGACGUGACGAGCUGUAG